UUCUUCCAAGUGAACCUUUUUGAAUUUGAAAAGCAAUAUCUUCUAUUUACACGCGCAAUAUGUCGGAAAACUACGGCGACUAUCAGACUGAGAUCUAUGGCCGAGGAGCAUUGACAGGCGUCUUGCCUAAUGUUACUACUGAUCCUCGAUUACUUGAAGAACAGGCAAAGAAGGCCCUAGGCGAUCGUAGCUUCAACUAUGUGGCCGGCGGUGCUGGGGAGAAGGCUACAAUGGAUAGCAAUCGGCUGGCUUUUCGACAAUGGAAGCUAAUCCCGAGGAUGCUGAAGCCGAUGAAUGAUCAGAACCUUGCGGUAAACCUUUUUGGCCAGAAAUAUCCAACUCCUCUUCUCAUGGCGCCGGUCGGCGUCCAGUCGAUUUUCCAUGAUGAUAAGGAGUCUGGCCUUGCAGAAGCCUGUGGGAAUGUUGGGAUCCCGUAUAUCCUCAGCACCGCGAGCAGCAGCUCGAUUGAGGAAGUCGGACAGGCUAAUGGAGACGGUAAAAGAUGGUUCCAACUUUACUGGCCGCGAGACGAUGAUAUCACGCUAUCAUUGCUGAAACGCGCCAAAGACAAUGGGUUCUCCGUCCUGGUAGUUACGCUCGACACUUGGUCGCUCGCUUGGCGACCAGCGGACCUGGACAAUGCCUACGUUCCGUUCAUACGGGGCGUCGGCAACACACUUGGUUUCACGGAUCCCGUGUUCCGCUCGAAAUUUGAGAAAGAGUCCGGUUCGACAGUGGAAGAGGACAUUGUGGGGGCAUCUAAGUCAUGGAUCUCCCAGGUAUUCUAUGGUCAGCCGCAUGCGUGGGAGCAAAUUGCAUUUUUGCGAAAGAAUUGGGAUGGUCCAAUUGUACUCAAGGGCAUUCAGCAUGUGGAUGAUGCGAAGCUCGCCCUUGAGGCGAAAUGUGACGGUAUCGUUGUUUCAAACCAUGGAGGUCGACAGGUUGAUGGUGCGAUCGGCUCACUGGAAGUUCUCCCCGAGAUAGUUGAUGCUGUUGGUGGCAAGAUGACAAUUCUUUUUGAUUCAGGGGUUCGCACUGGAGCAGAUAUCAUCAAAGCGCUUUGUCUGGGAGCGGAUGCUGUCUUGGUUGGCAGGCCGGUGAUCUAUGGGUUGGCAAUCGAUGGAAAGAACGGGGCCGAAGCCGUGAUGAAGGGGCUUCUGGCGGAUCUCUGGCAGACCAUGAGUCUGUCAGGGAUAUGUACCGUGGCCGAGUGCACCCGCAACAAGAUCAGGAAAGUUGUGUACCCUGGAGAUGGGAAGGCAAUGUUGUGACAUGUAACAUAUUAUUGGCCGGUAACGUGAAGAUGCCCGAUUGAGGGAAAGAUCAGAUGACGGAGUUUGGGGAAGGAAUGAGGGGAAAACUGGAGCCUGUGGGGUAGCACCAAAUCUUGAUACUUGUAUACUUGCUUCGCGAUAAUGAAUUCGCGUCGCGUUUUC